GGCGUUGCUCACGGGCCGCGCCGCCGUGCGCAUGCGCCUUCCCCUCUCCACGGAGCGGGCGGGCGUCGCGGGCGCCGCGGCACCCCCCCCCCGCCCCCCCCCGCCGCCGCUUCCCACCCUGCCCCUCCCGCCGCGGGAGCCGCGCGCGCCAUGGAGGUGCUGGAUGGAAGUAAGGCAACAAUACACUUGCGAAGCUGAAGAUCUUCCACUACAGGUCUAAGCAAGAGAGCCAGCUGGGGCUAGAGAAGCUGAGUGGCAAUGCAGAGAGAGUCUUCUGAGAGUUCUUGAUGCCAUCAGGUGUGGAAGAGGUUACAGAACAACCCUGCUAAGGCAAGACCCAAUUUUGAAGGAGAUGGUAGUACUCAAAAUCUCUGCUUAAACUGCCUUCUUCCACUGAAUUCAAACGCACAAACAAGAGAUGGUCAGCAGUCAGCCAGUCCCCAUAGCAGACAGUGGGAAAAAGAAAAAGAAAAAAAGAACCAGAGCCACAGAUCAUGUCCCUGGAAAGUUUGAAGACUUGUACAAGCUGACUGCUGAGCUCCUUGGUGAGGGAGCAUAUGCCAAAGUUCAGGGUGCUGUCAGCCUCCAAACUGGGAAAGAAUAUGCAGUAAAAAUCAUUGAAAAAAAUGCUGGGCACAGUCGGAGUCGGGUUUUUCGGGAAAUAGAAACACUGUACCAGUGUCAGGGUAACAAGAACAUUUUGGAGUUAAUAGAAUUUUUUGAAGAUGACACAAGAUACUACCUUGUCUUUGAGAAGCUGCGAGGAGGUUCAAUCUUGGCCCAUAUACAAAAGCGGAAGCAAUUUAAUGAACGAGAAGCAAGCAAAGUGGUGAGAGAUAUUGCCUCUGCUCUGGAUUUUCUUCAUACAAAAGGUAUUGCUCACAGAGACCUGAAGCCUGAAAACAUCCUAUGUGAAUCUCCAGAAAAGGUAUCACCAGUAAAAAUAUGUGACUUUGAUCUUGGUAGUGGGGUGAAGCUGAACAGUGCAUGUACUCCAAUAACUACUCCAGAAUUAACCACGCCUUGUGGGUCUGCAGAAUACAUGGCACCCGAAGUGGUUGAAGUCUUCACAGAGGAGGCCACCUUCUAUGAUAAGCGUUGUGAUCUUUGGAGCCUGGGAGUGAUUCUGUACAUCAUGCUCAGUGGUUACCCCCCUUUUGUGGGCAACUGUGGCACAGACUGUGGCUGGGACAGAGGAGAAGUCUGCAGAAUUUGCCAGAACAAGCUCUUUGAGAGCAUUCAGGAAGGCAAGUAUGAGUUUCCUGACAAGGACUGGUCACAUAUAUCCUCUGAUGCCAAAGAUCUCAUCUCAAAGUUGCUGGUUCGUGAUGCCAAAGAACGACUUAGUGCUGCUCAGGUUUUGCAACAUUCAUGGGUUCAAGGACAGGCUCCGGAAAGGGGAUUACCUACACCACAAGUUCUUCAGAGGAACAGCAGCACAAAAGACCUGACACUUUUUGCUGCUGAGGCUAUUGCCCUUAACCGCCAGUUGUCUCAGCAUGAGAAUGAGCUCAACGCAGAGCAGGAGAACGUUGCCGAUGCUGUGUGUUCCAUGAAGCUUUCUCCUCCAUCCAAGUCCCGCCUCGCCAAGCGCAGAGCAAUGACGCAGGCCACCAAAAACAGUGACUUCCAGCCAGUUCCCCAUAAAGGCUUUUAAACUUCUUUCACGCUAUGGAUUGGCAAGAUCAGCCUGUUUUCUUGUUUGGAUUUUCAGCACUGAUCAAAGCUUCUCUGCUUCUGACUCUUGAUUUAGAAGCUUGCUCUUAUGAAGCAUCUCAUAACUUUAAGAGGAUAACUUUUUAUGGGAAUGUUUUUUGCCUGUCAAAUUUGGUGCAUUAAGAUAAUGUAACUGAUCUUUUUAAACUAGAGAAGAUGUGUUUGCUGCUGAGUUAUCUGAGGUGGUAAAUCACUAAGCUUUCCUUAUUUUCUUCUUAAAAGAGCACACUUUAAAAUGCAAACUUGAAAACAUCAGAAAAAAUGCAUUUCUUGCUUUGCCUGGUAAAGUGUCAAGGCUCCCUACCUAUGACUGCUCUCCUUGAUGGUAAAUCUUAAAAGGUGCUGCUGCUGGGGUCAGCAGCAGGGACUGUUUCCAACCAACAGUGUCCUUCUCUUUUCUUUCUGUAGACUCAGGAAACAAUGACAAUGACUGGGUGAAUCUCUGUUGCCAUUGUCUUCAUUGGGCUUAAAUUGUACGUAAAUGAUACUGUAAAGGUGCAAGCAUUUGUCAGACUUGUAGCAAUGGAGGGAACUGGGUUGCUUUGCUUCCCGCCCAUAGAUGGUUUGUAUGUCAGCAUGUGGGACAAAAGCUAGAGGAAGGUAUUAUUUCUUUAUUUGACAUCUUUUUGUUGUCUUAACUAGAAUGUGUGCCAUAUCAUCUCAGUUUUUGUCCAGUGUCCCCUUCUCUUACAGUUACAUUCUUAAAUCUGAUACCACAGUAUAACAGAUGUGUUUGUUUAGUAUCUGUUUUCUCCGUGUUAAUGCUAUCCUCAGUUAUACCUUCCUGCCUUGAAACUCAUAUCACUCAAGUACUUCUGUAUGUAUUAUCUGGACUUCUUAAUGUGAAUGGACAGGCUUCAGUGGAUUUUGGUGUGAAUAAUUUAGGAUUUCCAAAUGCAAAGGUACAUUUGUGAAUAAAUGGUGCUGCAGCUGUGGUGUUCUGCCUCCUGCAGUGAUCAGGCCAGAUAGCUAGAAUUCAGAUUCCAGUUUUAGUACUGUGAUGCAUUGGAGCUCAGGAGUAAUUUGAAAAGAUACUGUCUGAGUGGCUGAAGACUUUGGAUGACCAAAGUGAGGUGUCUGUGGAAAAGGAUGUGGAUGUUGAGCACUUUCUGAAAUGCAAGCUGUGAAAAUUGGGCCCCUGAGGUGCCCAACAUGAUGCACCUUAAACUUGCCAGCCAUUUGUGAAGACCUUUGCUGGGACAUGGUGUGCAAGGUGGGGAGAGGGAAGAGGCCUCCAGGUGAUAGCACAAACCCUCCCGAGCAGCAUGAGAAGGAAUAAAGUAGCUGAUCCAACAAGCAGUUGGAAAUUGAGCAGUCAAAGCUGAAUGUCUUUGCAUGGCCUAUUCAGAGCGGUUUUACAGUGUCUUUUAGCAGUGUGCAUAUGAAUAUUUUUAUACAACAUGCUAUAUUUUGUGAUUAAUAUUAAAGUUCUUAUUUAAAGUAUUUUAUACAUUGUACCAGUGAACAGAUUAUGAAAUGUAUUUGCCUUUGUUUUUAUUAAAAUAUUUUAAGUUAUAGAGUUAA